GCUUCUUCAAACAUUUGUGAAAGACUGUGCAAUAAGUCCAUCCGUGACAUUUCCUGGCUACUAAAUAUUCUACGGUCAACUGUUAGUGGUAUUAUAACAAAGUGGAAGCAACUGGGAACAACAGCAAUUCAGCCACAAAGUGGUAGGCCACGUAAAAUGACAGAGUGGGGUCAGCGCAUGCUGAAGCGCACAGUGCGCAAAAGUUGCCAGAUGUCUGCAGAGUCAAUAGCUAAAGACUUCCAAACUUGGUGUGGCCUUCAGAUUAGCACAACAGCAGUGUGUAGAGAGCUUCAUGGAAUGGAUUUCCAUGGCCGAGCAGCUGCAUCCAAGCCUUAUAUCGCCAAGUGCAAUGCAAAGCAUUGGAUGCUGUGGUGUAAAGCUCGCCGCCACUGGACUCUA